AUGAAUAUUCCUGGCUUCUCUGACUUGUGCGGUCGGUCGCUGCGGCGUCUGAAGAUGGAGGUUCUCGUCGCCGUUGGCGCCUGGGCACUCUCUUCUGUUUGUGGGACUCUGUCUCACGACAGCAGGAUGAGCAGUCUGCUGUGCCCUCAAGGGCUUCCUUACUACGAUCUAUCACCGUUGGAACCCUUGCUCUCGGCUACUGCAAGCGUAAUUUAUCCAAAUGAGACAACAGCUUUCGACCUGGCGACAGCUCGGUGGUCGUCAUAUGAGACUCCGACCAUCAGCGUUGUUGUAGUUCCCGGCACUGAGAGCGACGUUGCGGAGAUCGUGAAAUUCGCCACUGAGUGCAAUAUACCGUUCCUUGCCGUCAAUGGCGGCCACGGGGCCAUCAGCACAGUUGGAAGGAUGGAGAGCGGAAUUGCGAUCUGGAUGCACCAGCUCCAGACCGUCGAGAUCGCCGAGGAUGGAAAAACGGCUACCCUCGGCGGCGGUGCACUGUCCACAAACGUCACGCAAGCUCUUUGGGCCGCAGGAAAACAGACAGUGACUGGAGCAUGCGAGUGCACAAGCAUCCUCGGGCCAGGACUGGGAGGAGGCCAUGGGUGGCUUCAAGGGCGCCAUGGCCUCGUUUCAGAUCAGUUCGUUUCGAUGAACAUCGUUCUGGCAGACGGCACCUUGCAAACCAUCGACAACACAUCUGAUCUCUGGUGGGCUAUGCAAGGAGCUGGCCACAACUUCGGCAUCGUAACUUCAGUCACAGUGAAGAUUUACGAUAUCGACUACCCCACCUGGGCCUACAAAUCCUAUAUCUUCACUGGUGACAAGUUCAGUGAUGUCUACAACAACGUCAAUGAAUAUAUCUCCAAGAAUGGGACUCAGCCGGUGGACAUCGCCAAUUAUGCGUUCUUAUAUAAUGAUCCCACCACGAGUGACAAGCCUCUUCUCAUGUUCUAUAUCCUUCAGGAGGGAGUCACAACUGUGAGCUCAGAAUAUACAGCCCCUUUCGAUGUACUUGGGCCCACGACUACCGACGCCGCCUCAGGUAGCUACACCGAAAUCCCCAUUUGGACCGCUAUGAGCUUGGACGACAUCGUGUGUCAGGAUGCGGGUACUGCUGGGCUGAGGUUCCCAAUUGAUCUGCUAGUCUAUAACGUGACUGCGCUACAGAAUGCCUAUGAUCUGUUCGCGGCCGCCACCCAGGAAACACCUGCGCUCAACGGAUCUAUCUUCUUAUUCGAAGGAUAUUCUCUCCAAGGCGUACAGUCUGUGCCUCACGAGUCGACGGCAGUCAGCUACCGAGGUGAUCGCCUGCUGGUGGCGCCUGUCUUGGUUUUUGAGCCUGAUGGAGGGGCCCUUGACGCCAAGGCGAUUUCGGUUGGCGAGGAUAUACGUAACGCUAUCCGUGAAGGCACCGGCCGAGACGAGUUCCACGCGUACGUCAACUAUGCCUUUGGAACGGAGACCAACCAGGAAAUGUAUGGGUAUGAGCAGUGGCGGCAGGACAAGCUGUCGGCACUCAAGGAAAAGUAUGAUCCGAACCGGAGGUUCAACUUCUACGCACCUAUAGCUUAG